AUGCAAGACGAAGUAAAAUUGUCAACACUUCUUCAGCUCUCUCUGGGAAAUCCGGAGGUAAUGUUAGGUCGAUUUUAUGUAGUUACUUCUUUUUCGACUACCGUUUAUUUUCCUCGUUAAUAAUAUGUGCAUGUGUUUUAGCUUUCCCCAGAGACCAUAGUCUACCGUUUUAUUGCUAUUAAAUCGGCUUCAGCCCAUGGAACUGUGACUUUUAAGGGAAAGCAAAACUCCAUUUUAAACUUCUUAAUUAGGUUUCAAUAAAUAUGUAGAUUAUACAACUACAGCAUUAUAAAUACGAUUUUACAAUCAAGUUUAUUGACAGGGAUUCACAGACAUAAUAUCAAAAUAACCAACAGUUUUCUAAAAUUUCCAACCGUAUAUUAAUUGAUGGCUGUCUUUUAAACUCGACACAGCGGAUUAGGUUAAGUGCACUUUCCUGCCAGACUUAACUCCUUUUACUUUGUCUCAUAAAAAGCUGUACACGUUCAGAUUCUUAUGAUAAAGUGGCACUAAUCCCGCAUGAGUUUUUUCAGUACACAGUGUUCUUUAGGGGUGAUCCCCAGUUAGUCGACUAGUAGGGGAUCAGGUGGUUCAGAAGGUCAAUUGACCUCAAUUCAAUUAAUUGAUUAAUUAAUUGAAUUGAGGUCAAUAUUGACCUCUCUUCAAUUUUUCGAGUGUUAUAAGCCGAUCUUUACCAUCUCUCAAAUUUCUGUUAACUUAACCUUUUCAUCUUGGGACUUUUUUUACUUUUCACGCCGUACGUCGAUCGCGUUUAUCCCGUCCUUUUGUGCCGGUUUAAGCCAGGAGCCGUCAACUUCAAUUUUCUUCAUGCUCUUCUGGGAGCUAUUUUGCAACACUUGGAUAUAUCGAAUUUAAGUGUAUCCGCCGAUGCUCUAUCGCCCCAAAGUCCAGUUGAAGGUAUGGGAACAGCGGAGACGCCAGGACCGAUGAUAAACGAUGAAAAGGGAAUCAGCUUCCAGUCCGUAGCGCCGAGCGUCUACCAGUCGCUGGAGGUAUGCGCUUUUCGGCAUGUAGUUACAUUCCGGUUCUUACAACAAAUCCUUGUUCAGGCAAAUACAUUUAAAUAGACUGUAUAUUACUGUUGAGUACAAGUUAUGUUGUUUUUAAUCCAUCAUUAUAUUCUAAGAACUACGUGUUUUGCUUCGUUUGGUAAUAUUUGUUCAAUUGUUCAACACUUGUUUAGAGUCGUCUAUCAAAAGUUGAAAAGCAACUUACCAAUCUGGACUCCUUACCAGGAAAUACAGACCUUCUUGAUUUCGUCUUCUCCGGUCAACCAAAAGACGUUCUCGCCGAAAAAGAAAAACGGAAAAUGACAGAAUUAUGGCAAACUGUCCAGACUAAACGCCGACUUGACAGUCUAGAGGGGGGACUUGGAAAGGUAAUUUUUUAUAAUUUUCAUCGAGAUAAAUGGAUAUUCUUCCCAAUUUAAAUAUACAAAACAAAUAAUCGACAUAAGUAACUAGGUUUGAAUUGAAUUGUUUUUUUGGACCACUGGUUUAACUGUAUUUGUUUUUUUCUUCAGGUUUGCGGAGUUGUGGACGAGUUACUUACCGGCAUGCGGAAGAUGGAAAAUAGUCAUGCGAAAUUUCAGGAAGCGCUUGGAACAGUAAUAUAUGCUUAUUAUAACAUAGAAUAUCGUAUUUUAGCUAGAACGGCAGGGUGGCAUGCUAGAAGACCUCAAACCGUUCGCAAAGCAAUUGCAAAAUUUAUCUUCUGUCCAGGUAAUUUCUCUCGGUUACUUCGUUUUUCCUCACUAAUUUUGAACAUACAAGUCCACGAAAAAUUUUACCAUAUGCGCUUGGCAAUUUCUUUGAUAACCAAACGAAAAGUUUUAGAUCUUGGUUUAUAAACAAACCAGGUCACAUACACCGUUUAACAGUAUGCAACCUUAAAUGUGAGCGUUUUUAAGUGCAUUGAACCUUUUCAGAAUAUCUGGAGGAAUUCUUUCCUUUCAUUAAGUAGUAAACUUAACAUUGGUCAGCAUCUUCUGACCUAACUUUUACAAAAUAAUCCUUUCGAGAUAUGUGGACUACUUACUUCAACCAGUUAGGUAAAAAAUAUAACAACAGCGUGGCUGUUUUUACAACUUAUCCUCCGUAAUAGCAAUUUGCAGAAAAAAUCAAACGCACCAACUUGAUCUUUAUAGCUCGGCUUAUUGAUUUAAUACUUAUUUUAGGGCAUAAAUAGCUUUUUUCGUUUUAUCUAUCGUAGACAAAAAUCCUGACAAAGCUAAAGAAGGCCGUUUCAGUUGAUGCCCUCAAAGGCGUCGUCACAUGGCCUUCAUUGAAUGCAGUCAUCUCCAGCAAUGAGCCUACCCAAUCACCCAUUCAACCAGAUCAAAAGCCUUCUGACGAUGACGUCCCGGAUUUAGUAUCCAGCCUUCCAUAUUCAAUCGUAAUAAUAUUCUCCAUAUUUUAUCAGCCAUUUUGGCCAAUUAAUUUAAUUUUUAAUUACUCCAGAAUCCAUUUUGAAGUUCGAUUCCGCCUUAAACGUCUAACGUACCGUGUGAGGCAAAAAUAUGCUAGAAUUAACGGUUUCCAAAUAUAUGUAAACGUUAACGGAAUUUAAUGGUUAUCCAUAGGCAUUUCUUACCAUACACAUGCUCUUAUUUAAAUUUAGUGGUCUAAACUAACGACGAUGAGCUGAACAUACCGUCUGUAUUGUUUGAAUUCAAAUUUAGGUCAGGGUGGUUACACUCAACUGAGGCUCUACCGUCAGUGGUAUUUUAGGUAUUAAUCAGAAGGAACUCCCAACAUAAACCGUCAUUGUGUAGCCAUAUGUAUUCUCCACUCUAGUAGUUAGAAGGUUUCCUAACAAAUCCGAGUAAUUUUUGAAUUUUAAAGGUGUCACAUUGUCGUAGUUGGCGGUAGGAAGCCUGUUUCUGCCAAAAUUCUCUGUUUUCAUUCAUGCCGACUCCCAAGUUCUUCUAUUGCAGACUAAAUGCGAGGACGACGGCCUAAAGACAUGGCUCUCUCAAUUGUUCAAUCUAAAAUCAAACUUGGGAGACCUUCAACAAAGGAUUCUAAAGUUGGAAGUACUAUGGAGUUUUACGUUUUAACCCUUCAACUUUCUGCUUUAAUCAAGUGCUCUUUAAUCAAAAAUGCUAAGCUUUUGUUGAUCCAUAACCACACAAUCAACAGACUCUACGGCGUUAUCAAAUGCGUAACUGAUUGUUUGCAAAUUUUUAGAGUUCAGUGGGUAGGACCAUGUUUGUACGAGGGGAACACAAAUUUAUUUUAUGCAAAAUGACAAUUUGCAAUGAAUGUUUCCGGAAAAAGCCCUCGAUAAAAUUUAAAAAUCGAUAAAAGGUUUGCAGAAACCAUGUCACAAGCCUUUUUAUGCUUUUAGGAAGGUAUCAAAAACGCAGCAACUCUUGAAGACCUCGGCGAAGUUAAAGUACCCAAUGAGAUUUUCAAGACAAUCGAAGAACUUCAGGCUCAUGUCAAGAAACUGCUGGAAGAGAAACAAAAGGUCUAUUUCACUACACCUCCAGGCAUUCAUAAACAGACUGCUUUAUGUAAACGUGAAAACAAACUUCCUUACUGCUCAAAUGUCCCCCCUAACCGGGUGUUGGCCUUUUGAUCAGAAGAAUCUGUGCAUAUGAAGUCCUUAUCUCAAAGUUCUACCGAGUUAAAAUAUUAUCCUAGUUGUUGUCGUGUAGCUCAUCAGCGAGCCAGGACGGAGGUUUUUUCUCACAACUUCUAUGAGACCGAACAUUAAACGUAGGGCAGAGGCCAUACAUCCUGAACGAUAAAUGGAAAUUAUUAUCUUGCUUAGAUUUGCUACAGUUUUAAGUCCUCUACUGAAGUGGAGACAAAGUGCUCUUCAGUAGCCAGGUGCCAAGUAAGAAAGUAGCACGAGCGAUUGGGUGGAGGUCUGAUGUCAACCAUCAAAACUUUUUAUCGACCCAGACAAGAGAGGCAUCAGUGACCAUUCCUAGCUCGGGAAAUGAGCCUGUUGCCCAUCCGACCGCUCUUUGGAAUACGGCUGUUGAAGGCGACCCAAAAGUCAAAAAUGGCCGCUUCAACCAACCUACCUUUCUAGACAACACUGUUUUAACGUUAUUUAGCAAAACAGUCUGCCUAUGCUCUUUGCUAACUGGAUGAACCUGCGGUAUUUUUGCACAUGGGAAGACUUUUCGUUUUCCCAAAAGUUAGUCUGUGUAUGCGCGUUCUGCGUAACCACUGUGGUGCUUUUCAUCUGACUCACCACCUGGUUCAAAUAAAAGGCCACAACGAGGCUACUUUAGUUUGUUGCGUGCGAUGGGGUCAAAGGUCGCACUUAUGGCAAACCGAAUUUCUGAGGGCCGUUGUUUGAUUGUCUAGUAAAGUCCGUCCAAUAAUUUCAUCUACCCGUGACCUGUCGACCGUUUGUGUGCCCACUUGACCGUGGCGAUCAGAACUUGGUUUUCAUUUUAUUUUUUUCUCAUUUAAGGUUUUAAUUGAACGAGGUAGCGACGCGGUCAACAUCCCCGAUCCUCAUGUGAGUCCUAAGACUGUGUUCAUUUCAUAACACCCGCUUGCGGAGUAGAUGGGAUUUUGAUCUUUAUAGGGCUUGCAUGAUCGUUUCACACACGGUCCUCCUGAGCCAAGUAACAGUUAAUAAUUUUUUUCUCAUUUUCCGAUAUCUGGCAGUUUUUUUCAAUGGACCUAUUUAUUUCACGGCUCCUCACUUCCUCAACAAACCACUUUCUACAAUGUCACUACAUGUCGUAUUAGAAGUGGACACCAGACGCCCAUGUGACUUAUUUAGCUAAGUAACAUUUUAGUUCUCUGAAACAUCGGCUUUUUGUGUUCUAGGUAUGGCGAAAAGUAGAAGUCGCAGAAACCAUGAUUUAAUCAAUGAAUUUUGGUAGUUUAACGGCAGGACGACUUUCCUAAGUAUUCGCAGAAAAAAAGCCAACGCAAAACUUCCGACCCCAAAGGCGACUUCAAUUUUGUGUGCUUUGAAUGCUGCCAUUCCGAUGGCCUUCAAGUUCGACGAAUUGCUGUUUUACCAUCUUAGCCUGGAGAGACUGCCGCUUAGUUGAGGAAAAAAGUGAAAAUACUAUUGGCCGGCAAGCCACAAUGCUCCCAUACACGUUCACUUUACUAAACUCGAAAGUUUAUAAGAAGAAGAUGCGCUCGCUGGACCAAGAAGUUUAUUGGCCUAUAACACACUAUUGUCGAGGCACCUGUGCAGAAACCGAAUGUGCGCAUACGUAGACGACUCUCGAAGAUCAAAUGCUUCCCAUCGUCGAGCCGACCAUAGGGCGUCACACCCAAAAAUGGUUGCCAACAGAAACGAACAGGCGAGUUCCAGGAAGCAGUUAAGAUGAAGAAGGGAUCGCUGGAACAAAAAGUUUGUUGGCCAUAUGCAUGUCAUCUUUGGCUUCAGUGUAGCCCGGCUGACGGUACAAGAUCCAACAUAUCUUGUCUACCUACUGACUCAUCAAUCUUACAGGCCACCUCUUGAGAUGAGUUGAGCAAGUGAGGAAGUUGGGAGGACAUUGAAAAAAAGUCUACUCACAAAAGUGACUUCACUACGAAAGUCACUUUUAGGCACUGUUUUUGGGACAUGAAAGUGUUCCUUUCUGGUUUGGCAGCUCAACUCCAGCUGCUGAUGAACCGGAAAUUUGAGCAGAACUCUUUAAGUCAUUAAUGAUUUUAAAUCCAAGACCUUUAUCUAUCUGAGCUACCGUAAUGGCCCACUGUCGUCUGAAAUGAAUCUGAAAGAUCCGGACACUCGGGAGUCGAACCGGGCACCUUUGACAGCAAAGAACAUGGCAGUUGCCACAAGAGUGCAAAGUCGACCGCUUUCCGCCAUCACACCAAUCUCCCUGUUUGCUGAAAGACCCGAGAAGUCGACACUGAAAUCCAUCAUCCCGUCACAUAUACACAUUCCGUGCUGUAGUAAAUCUGGCGUUCUUGGACUUAUUACGAUGAGCUAAGGGGUUUUGCCUUCGGGAGUUGCACACAGGCGGUGUGACCCGGUCCAUCUCAAGGUUGAGCUUCAGACUGCAGUGGGAUCUUUUCUAACGUAACCGUUAUGACUCUCUGGUCCUUGAAUUAUCCGAGCCGCCUUUAGCGUGGCCUGAAACAUCCAGACUGAGCACCAAAUCACCCGCGUGGCACGCGUAGGUGGGUUCUGUGUCUCUAACAUUCAGUGCGUUUUAGCCACUCUUUAGCCAUUUUGACGAAGAGAAUAAUUUCAGAAGUUAUUCAGUGCAUGACAUGGAGUUAAAUCUCCGGUUGCCCUUGGGGUCUCUCUCGAGCCCAAACAACGGCCGCAAAACGGCACAAUGGAAAGGCUGAGUUCCGUAACACGGUUGUCGAGCGCCUAUUUACCAUUAUAUUCAUAUACAUGCAGAACAACAUCACCGAAAAAGAUAAGAAAGACUAAAGGGACCCUUUCUGGUCUAAUAGCCGUCGUUGGCCAGUCAUAUCCCACACCGAAGUGGGUUUGAGUGAUUUCCGUGACACGAUCACUGAUCGCCCUCCAAACGUUAUACAUAUUUAUGCAUACAUAAUUGUAGGUAAGCGCUCAAUGUUCAGGUUGCGGAACUCGCUUUUGCCAUGGUACAUUGGAGUCAAAUGAGAACUUUCGCAGGUGGUUGCAUAGCGACUAGCUGUAUCUGUUGAUAUGCUGGUAUCGGCAAAUACCCAACCCGAGGAGUGGAUCGUCUGAGAUUCGAAACCGCGAUCAUUGGUUGUUGAGUUAGGGGCCCGUUCUCCUUUCGAUUCUGACCGGUACUUUCAAUUAUGAUAAGUUGCUGCCGGCCGAUGAGGUUGCGGAACGUGGCCUUGCUUUGCGUCUUGGUACUUAAUCUACUGUGAGGGAAGUUAUAUUUCCCUCAAAAUCUUAACCACAGUAGACAAUGUCAGACAUUUGGUAAAGGUUAAAUCACACAGAUGAUAGACAAAUUUGCGACAAGCCCGAAUAACAUGAAAAGAAUUUUUAUUUUAUUCCUGACUUUGUAAAUUCUAAUGAACCAUGUCAUCUCGGGCCCUGAAGAACGUUGUCUUUCACUUGGUAUUUCAAGGUGGCUGAGGUACCUGCUGCCUUGUAAGCCCCCGAGUGAGGGUCUGAAGUUUAGGCGUUCUUCCUUCGCACGAGUGACAUAUUGGAUUAAUCGUUUCGUAUAUUUCCACGUGGGAAUGUGCUUCACAAUCAGGCAAUGACUUUCCAAAUCCAGCUCUUCCGACUGUCAGUUACUUGGUUAGGGGGGAGAGAGUGCAGGAGCUGUUAUGCAAGCCGCGCGCGCUACGCUCAACCCGCGGACGUCAUCGUUUUCGACAUGCGAACUGCUAUGCGACGUGCAGACCUAUCUGCCUUUAGUGAAAAUUUCCGUUUUCUCUUCGCCUUCAUUCCGUUUCCCCAAGGUUCAUCUUGCUGUUAUGCUGCAGCUGGUCAGAGUUUGGUAUACACCGACCCCAAAAACCUCUCGAAUUGUUUUUGGGAGGUUGUCCCUUCCCCUCCUCUUUCUCUCCAUGUUCUCAGGGAUUAUGUCCGACAACUUUGUUGCAUCGCGUGUCACGUACUACGCCACCCUUUGGGUCACAAGUAGUCGAUUGAAAACCGUUCAUCUGGCCUCCGUCCCCAUAAAUCACUCAUUUUGACAAAUACGUCUGUUCAUAUUGACCCAACUGUGAAAAACUCGGCGCCUCCGUGGGAUUCGAAACCACGCAGUAAGGGGAAGGCUUUAGUACAGCCAACGCUCUAACCACCUGAGCUACCAGGCCCCGCCGGACGACGCGAGUUUAAUCACGGUUGGGUCAAGUUACCCGCCCAACCUACUGCAACGUCUGGAAUCCACCAAAUCUGAUACAGUAAUUUGACUGCCCAGGCAGGAUUUCCUAAUUAAUUCACCUAUAAUCCACCAGAUGACUACCAGGCUCACGUAAGUCAUAGAUGUUUUUCACAGUUGGGUCAAUAUGAAUUAUUCAAAAUCUGCCAAAUCAUCUAUGAAAUACGUCUAUCUUUUCCGCUCUUAUCCAUCCUCUCUCUGUCCCCCUCAAACACAAUGUGACCUUUUGUGCGUAAGUCUCCGCACCUGAUUCCGCAGUCUAAAACUCAUGCUAGCAGCCCCAGAAUGCCGGAGCGAAUCCCUUCUGCACUAAAAAGGAAACCUAACAUUCUAGCAGCGGACGCACAAACAACUAUAACCACGUUUCUUACUGAGACAGCCUCCCUUGCGACGGAAACCCAAACAACCGCUAAGGCCCCACAGCCGCCGCAAACAAAACAUCACCGAGGACACUCUGUGGACGAGCAAGGCACCGCAAAUCCGACUGUCCUAGGUGCUGGAAGUCACUGGCAAAGCCAAAAGUUCGAAGUAUCCGCAGUUCCAACCCCCUUCUGUUGCCUGUGCUGGUUCACCGUCAGGAGCUUGUUGUCUGUUUUUGAGCUAUGGUCACUUUUAAUGGAAUGCUUUCAUCAGUUGCACAUGCUUUCUGAAACCAAAUUCACCUGCUUCUCGCUAAUCUUUUCUACUUGGAUACCUUCUCUCUAGGGGGCAAGGAAGGUGGUCAUGUGCUUCUGCACCCGGAGCACAGAAAUGUCGCGCCUACGGGGUUUACGCCGGUGUUUAAUGCCUUCAUCGCCUAUUAAACUGCCUACUUGUGUUUGUGUUCAUUUACGUAUAUCACUCAGUCUUGACUUUGUGUCUGUGUGUGUGUGUUUCUUUUCAGGUAGAGGAUAAGUUACGAGAGCUAGAGACGUUCACCAGCGGUCUCGGUGAACAAGUGAAGAAUCUAAGAUCAGGGCUGGAGAAGGUCAGGGGCGGUCUUUCUGAACAACAACACAAAACAGAGGUGAGUGACUUCUGGAGACAAAAUGUGGGGAUUGCGACUUUGCGGGAGAAAAAACGGGGCUAGAUCGCAGUUGGUAGCCAGGAAUGGGAAAGCGGACGGCGACCUUAACCCUAAUCCUAACCUUAAACCUAACUCCGACCUCAACCUUAGACGUUAACCGUUAACCUUAACGGCAACUCGAACCCUAACCCUAACCGAAAUCGUAAAUGGAACCUUAGCCCUUAGACAUAGCCGUAACUGAAAAACCUUGCCGUAUUACUAAAACCUAAUCGUACGCUCAAACCCUAAACGUGACCCAAAAACCUAAGCCUAAAAGUAUAACCCUCACCCGAAAAUCGGAAACCAUUAACCGGUACCCUAAUCCUAACCUCAAACGUAAAACGGAAGCCAAAUGGGUCAGAUGUGAUUAUAGAACCCCACAAAAUAGCCUCAGUAAGCGAACCCCCCAGCCACCUGUAAUACGGAGCCGAAAAGGGAACAACAAAGAAUGAGGGAAGUGUCAGUAGGUCGUAGGAAGAGGGCUCCGUAGCUGAGAGAUGCGCAGAUUCGGUCCGCAUUUUGUCACUUCGAUCUAAUGUCCGACAGGCUUUGUCCGCGCUGGUGUACAGCGGAGAGAGGGAAGGAAGAUAGAGCGGGCGCUCGUGAACGAAACUGGCGUGCGUGCCGCCCGCGUAGACGCGGGUCUUGUGGAGUCGUCUGAAGCGUUCCCUCUCAUUCCAACCGUGGAGACCAUGUUCUGUAGAUGGAAAAUGGUACAUCGAUGUAAAACCUGUUCAUAGUGUAGGACGCGAGAUGUGUACUGCGAUGAUUCCCCUCACAAUGAACAACUCCACGCGUUAGUCACCGUUGUGAAUUCGACAUUGUAGAAGUGAUGAGUGCUCAUCAGAUCAGAAAGACUUCUCUCCCAAUGAAGGCCAUCCACAUCUGAGAUGUUAUUUGCGGUAAAGGCUCUGGCCCCACCACUGGGUGGGGGAGAUUAUUACUAGCGUACUGGUGGCGAAGUAAAGUACAAGUCUUGAAGGACGUGAUUUUCCAGUGAAAAGUGCAAAGCCCUCUUCUUAUUUCUGCACUAUUUCUCACUACGUUCACUUCGCCGAGGCUCUCACUUCUUCUCCUCAUAAUUUGCUUUUUAUACCGCAGUGCUGCAUGACACUUCGCCAUGUAUAGCUGAAUGGUACGUAUUCAGAGCUGGACAACCAGAGUUUAUUCGCAGUCACAGUAGCGGUGCCGGUUUUCUUUCGCAACCUGUCGCCAAUUCGGUUUAUCUGCUAGGCUCAUUAACUAUAUCGGAUUUGCCCAAUCGUAAACAAAACGGCCUGUGCAAAUCUUCUCCCUGACAAUGAAUUUAAGAGGUGGGGGCGGGCAUUUUCAGUAACCUUGAAGUAAGUCCUGUCGUCUCUCGUUUGUUACUUCAUUCGGAUCCCAUUUGUAUGCGCCUGAGCUUUAUACGUUACCGAGCUUCUCUGGGCGACGGAGACGCUAUGCAUAUGAAGUCGUACGUUUUUGACGGCUUAAUGACAUGGUGGAUUACCGUCCCUGCAUAAAUCUUCGUCGUCCCGGGCUGAAUUCGCGGCUAUGGUGGUGGUGGUGGUGGUGGUGGUGGUGGUGGUGGUGGUGGUGGUGGUGGUGGUGGUGUUUUGAUAUUGUCGGUGAUAUGGUGGUGGGAACUUUGGUGGUCUGGUGAUGAUGGGGUUUGCGGUGCGGUGGUACUAAUAUCGAUAAUGGCAACGACAACGGCGCCGGCAUGCCUGGGUUCGCGGUGGUUUGAACGACUUUAUGAUCGGCAAACUAUUCUUCUGAUACUGGAUAGGAAAAGAACUCGUAAAAGUGACUGUGUCAAGUGGGAAAUAGGCGUCCGUCAUUACCGAAUGAGACCCUGUCGGAAAAAAGUCGUUUGCAAGUUGUUUUGACUCUUGUAUUUCGCCACUGCUCAUUUACUUUGCAGGUCCUUAAGGCGGAAGUCGAAGAUUUGGACCAGCAGAAGGCCUCCAUAACGUACGUAGAUGAAGGAUUAAGCAAGGUUAGUUCUAUAAUUUUAGUUUGCACAUGUGAAUGCGGUCUUUAACGCAUGAUAAAAUGUUUGGUCAAAAAACUUUGGAAAAUCUUGGUUCAUUGCUUAUUAAAGUGCAUCUUUCUUCACUCUUAAAAGCAGCGGUUAACGGUAGGGCCCCAUGUUCGGGAAGAACCUGUGGUCGUACUCCGUAGACAUCAAACAAACAGUAUAAUUUGGCCUAAGUCGGUCAAGUCACGGGCUCUCUCUCAAGCCCAACCAGCAGCCGCACAGCGGCGUAUGAUAUAUAGGCAGUGUGUUAUUACCGACAAAGACAAAGGAGAUUAGAAUGGCCAUUUCUGGCUUAUAUAUAUAUAUAUUCAUUGUGCCACCAAGACGUAAUUCUGUAGUAAAAAGUAGAUGUGUUCGCAGUUGAGGCGUCUUCCUAUGAAUAUUCCCAUCGCCAACAUUCCCGGCAUGUCCGGGUGCCCAACGGAGUACGUUGAGACACGACCUACUCCUUUUCAUCGGCAGUAUUGGGGUAGAAAGAUCUGUAAUGUCUCCUUUUGGCAUUCAGCCUGAAUCAAAGGCGGUUCUGCACUUCAUAAACGUGGGCCAAUACUGCUCUGCCAGACAAAGGGCCUCCUUCGAACAGUUUCCUUUUAAGGCGACUCCAAUAACUCCUAUUCCCAAUAUUACUCUUAAGAAACUCCUCUCAGAUUACACUUUUCUGACCCCCCCCCGGUCAUAAACGUUAUCCUUGUCGGAAGUUGCUGCUGGCGUUUGGCUACAUGUGUGAUGCUGAUCGCUGGAGUGGUCCGUUUGACGGCGGGAAUCACGUAUGUCGUGAAACUGGAAAACGUCUACUACCAAAUGCUGAAUUAAGACACCGGUCGCCGCCGGGCGAGGUUCCCCGCGUCUUUUAUGAGGAAUGUUCUACUUGGUGGACCAGUCGAAUUUGUACAGCCAGUGGGCGUGGGUUAGAUUGUUCAGGUGUGGAAGGCGAUAACGAGAUCUUCGAGGUUUAUUCAGUUUGACCGCAAUUCUGACACUCCGGAGGGAGUUCGCCUUCGCGGCCUCGGUCACACUGUACACCUCUUAUAUAACUUUGACGCGCACCGAGAUUUUAACCCACCCUCGUACCUAAAAAGGCCUUGAGAAGAAGAACACUGAAACCUAAGUGCUAAUCUUCUGAAACUACCAUGGUUUUCUGUUCGAUAAUUCCGAGCACAACCAGACGUAUACUGUUAUCCCACUUGCGGUCAGGUGAAAGAGGAAUCACAAAUGCCAAUCGCGACAAUGAUUCAAGGACUGUCUGGGCCAAUGUAGGAUACUUUUGCCGCCAGAUCUGAGAUCAUUUUGUCUGCAUGCUGAUUGCUGAUUUAUAAGUACACCGAGGUUUUCGCGCUCUCGGUUGCUAGGCAACAAGGUGCGAUGGUUCGCGUUUCCUGGUGUUCAAUUCACAGUCGUAAUCCACAUCCACACACACGCGCGCAUUUUGUGUGAAACAAAGGCGACGAGCCGACUUUUUGUUGUCCAUUGCCCGCCGAAGGUAUUGUAGGAUCGCAAAGGUGUACUUUUUAAGCUUGUUAACAGGCCUUUUGCCGAUCAGAAAGCUGACCCAGUAUCUUUCCUGGUUUGCCGAUUUCCGCCUUGAAUUUAUUUUUCACACAGCUGUCUGCUCAGAUCAGAGCGCCUAUGCUUCUCGAUCGGAACCGACGGACACCGACGGCUGUUUGGCUUGAGUACGCGAAUGAAUGUAGUUGUAUCGGCUGCGCUUUCUCACCUUGGCUGCGGCCGACUGGAUGUGGACUUGUCUGGCCCAAAAAGAGACCUUCUCCGUCCGUGGUUUGGGCAAUGGUUGACUGAUUCCGACAUGCAAACAAGAAAUCCUUAUUGUUGUUUUUCUCGUUGAUGACACUUCUCGAAUACUUGAGAAUAGAAAUGACAUACAUGCGAGACGAGGUUGUUGUAAAAAACUGUCAUCUAACGUAAUCCCAGAUCGGAGAUUUGAGUUAGGCAAGGAAACAUGGACUGUCAUCGUAGUAAAGGUGGCCUUGUCUUAGAUUAUAGGGAGCAGUUGUUAGGAUAAGGGGUAUGAUGGGAGUUGGGAUUAUUUCGAUGAGGGUUAGCGUUGGAUUGAUGAGGGCAAGGGAAUAGGAACCUCCGGAAAUCUAACGCCUGCUGAAUUGGGAAUACGCAGCUAACUAGGAAGUUUAUGCUGGCUGAUAGAAGUGAGCUACCGUGAGCCAAAGACACGAAAAAAACCCUAAGAUAACUCCAGGGCCGACAGAUUCGCCACUCCUUGUGUGGAAUCGACAGCCUAGCAUAAUAGCUAACGCUUUGGCUUUUCCUAGUUCCGCGAAUAUUCCCAUGUUACAAUUGAAAAGUCAAUUUGGCAAACAUCUGUUUUCGGUAACUCGUCAUCAGGCCAAAACAGUUACACAGAAGUCGAAAUUAGGCGAAGUUACAGGGUUUAUAAGUGAUUCAGGGGUUAUUGACACUCAUCCUUCCCACGCCACUCGCAUCCGAGGCGUGGUCGGCGUGUCGUGGUCAUUGGGUCAAGGGGACGAGGGGGAGGGGGGAUAUGGGCUGAGACUAAUGUUUGUACUUUGGUUACGCUGUGCACACACCGUUAUCAUCUGGGGCCGGCGUUGGCCACGGAAGACAGAGCGCUUGUGUCAGCGUCAUCUGACAACGUGGCACUGGACUGGCUAGCCGUAUAGCCACUGCCUCGGCUGUAGCUAGCACCCGUUGGCGUGGGCCUCUGGACAAGCUUGCUGGUGUCCGGUAGACAACCUGAAAGGCUUCUCUGGCAUCGACUUGGUGAUUUGUAUCGACAAGAUGUGCGAGAAUAGACUUCGAAAUCGAUUUCCUUUCACUUCUGCUUAUCCAGGCCGGUAUGUGUUCACGUACUCUUUUCUCCAGGCGCCUCGUUGUACGACCAAAGUAUCCCGCUCCACAGGAGCAAGUGAAUGAGUAAAUACACAUCGAUGUGGCCUGAAGGGGGAGUCGGUCUUUACCGCCCAAGCGUAGGAGGAGAGAGUUAGUUAAACAUACACGUAAAUUCGCUUGCGGGGAAAGCGCCAGUGAUCGCUGUCUUCAGACGUCUUCUUACUAGGUCACUUCCCGCGUCCCUUUGAAAGGGCAGUCUUUUAAAAAGUCUUUGUAGGCGUCAGCAUAAUGAACGCUAAUCAAUACCUUAAUUUACGCUCAGUGUGUCUCUGAUCGUGCCUCAGUUAUGUCCAGUGUAAUAUCUCCCCACGAACAAAGAUCUUCAACACCGAUGGGCCGCCCAGCCGCUCUCACCGUUUUCAGGUUGGAAAAGAUAUCGGACUUUGGAAACCUUCUGUGUCUGUGUGUGUGCGAUCAUCGCAACAAUCGCGAACUCUUUUUCCGCGACGAAUUCGGUGCAUUGGAAGUCUCCAGUUUCCUUUUGCGCUUCGACAAUUCGACAAUCGUGCCCGACAAUGUCCAUCCUGCCUGCCUCACAGCAUGGUGCAUCAGGCAUGGUGACUUGCGCUCAAAUCAGUUUAUGGCGAGAGUGGACUUGCGCAGCUUCUACCUCACUCUCUCCUUCCCCUCCCACCUGGGCCCGGCGUCAAGUCAUAGUCAAGAUAUCUGAAGGAGAGAGGGAGGGCACAAGUGGGUGGCACGGCCGGGCCCCCACCUAGCUGUGCCACCACACCCCCUGGUCACUUAACCAGAAGUUUAACCAACAAUAACAGCACUAGGACGGAUCAAAAAGACGGAGGUGACUGGGCAACCGUGUUUCCCAUCUGCAUACCCAGCGGGAGCGCAAGCGCAUCUACCGGCAGAGAAGAAGGCGUCAGGGACCUGCGGGGACCAUAGUCUGCUGAUCCUGGCGUAGCAGGCGCCUUCAUACCAUUCGCACUCCAGAGUUAUGUAGAAGAGCAGUUUUGAGAGAGGCCCGUUCGAUACUGGUCUGUACACACUGUAGUUGGGAGACACAAAAACCGAAUUCUUAGAACUGCUUUUUAAUUUCACAUCUUCUUCUUAUUUACUGCUACAGCAAUAAAUCUAUUAAGCUGUUUACUCGAAAUGCCUAGCUGAGUUUCGCAUUCACUUGUCACAUUUUAUAUAUCGCCUCCACUUCCCAAGGUAAAGGCCUUUAAACCUAACUAAGUCCAGAAUCUUCGGACGCAAUCGUCUCUCCUCUUUCUUAACUUGCCACCUGAUUUUCAACGAUAAAUGACUUUACUCGUAUAAACUGUAAAAACCUGGCCUUCCUGGAGGCAUGCCCAACGCUUGAAAUUUACAAUGUCUAUGAGUUGCAGUUUAAAAAAACAACCUAAUUUGGAGAAAUUAUUCCCGCCCCCUUUUCCAUUUUUCCGCAGAAAUUAGACAGCCACGAUCUGGAUUCGAAAUUGGAUCGAGCCCUCUUUGACCAGACUACUGAGGGAAUCCGACGUAUCGUUGAAGGACUCCUUGAAAAGCUUCUGGGUUUGGUAACGACUGAGUUAAUUUAGGAACUCGAAGUCAGUCAGAUGCUCUGACUACUUCUCUCUUACGAAUAUUUGAGUUCGAAUUUGCAAGGUCCAAUUUUAUUGUGUUGUUUGAAGUACUGUGAUUUUACUAGCAGGCCUAUCUGAGAAAAUGACUCGGCCCUUCUGUAAUACGGUUUUCUCUUGAUCGUUUUCAAUAGCCCGCUUUCUAAUGCUAUCUCAUGUAAAGUUUUUUUUCAAGGAAAUGUGAAAUUUUAGGCCACGUUUUAGAAAUGCUUGCUGUUGGACGUCACGUAUAAGUAAUGCGCAUUUCACAGCAAUCAUACAGUCGGCCAAAAGUUCUUUUUCUCUCACUGUGACUCAUUCAUUAUUCUUUACUCGUCAUGUGUAUUUUUAGUUAUUCUCAUUUUUCAGUUCUUUAAAACAGUCUUUUCUUUGGGCGUACUGUGCACAGUACUAGCCCGACGAGAAUUUAUCGAAAGCUACGUAUGCUCGCCACCUCGUCUUCUGGUUACUGCUACGGGAAUGUUCGCAACUCUAAAUUCAAAUAUAUCUACUAGGACUCCCUAACAAAAAUAUGCUUUCUUUCAGUCGUUUGAUAGAGAAUCACGUCAUUUUUAUAUUUUGUGCUCGAAGGAGGAGUACGACUUAGCUUUUGAAAAGUUUCUAAUUAUGAGAUUUUUAAGACCGCGCAAUGUCCAUUCAUAUAGCAUCAUAUCUGUCCGUUUGCCAUUGCUCCUCAUGAAAUGUGCAACAUAGUCCACAUACAUUGCAAAAUUUUAUGGACUCUUUAUGCUAUCUUUUUAAAGGCAUAGAAGGAUAUGUUAUUUUUCUUAGGCAGAACGCAUGAACCCUGUAGACUGAAAUUCCCGAGCGCUUAUGCAACGACUGAUCAGACUGCAAAUUAUUUGACAAUUAGAAAACCCUUUUAUAACCUAAUUACACUCCUUCAUCGAGCACAAAAUAUAAACAUGACAUGAUUGUCUAUCAAACGACCGAAAGAAAGCACUUUUUGGCGUUUUUAUUAAACAUAUUUAAAUUCGCAAGACUAUCGAAAAUCAACUUGAAAAUGCUUGCUACUAAAGUGGUUAUUUUUUACUGCGUACGGUUUCUCCGGGGAAGUUAAAGGCAGUGUAUUCAAAAGCAGACAUCCUGCCGAGUUUGAAAUAUUGUUGGAUUAUGCCGCAAGAUAAUCAGCAUUAUAGCGACGCCUUAUUAAUCCUUCCUAGUCGAAAACGCAUUUCAGAACAUCAGCCAACAUUUCACAAGAUCUGUUACUCACUGUAUGUGGCGUAAACCCUGCAGGACGUUGGACAAGUACAUUUGACGGCGCCGUGAUGACUGUCGGCUGACACAUUUUAACGUUGAUAUGCAGAUUAUUCCGUUAAUAAUCUAGAAAGGAGCCGCUGAACUUUAGGAUUUCAUGCAGGAAGAGGGAAUAAGGUAUAACAACACUUCAAAGCAUGUAGGUAGUGGUGAAUUCGAGGGUCAUUUUGGUGUCAACUAACUAGCAUAAAAUACAACCUGCUGUAUGUUUAAGGUCUGUUUUCAUUUGUUUAAAGGAAACUGAACUGAAGGGGAUGAUUGACGAACUGAGUGGAAAUGUGUUAUCGAAAGCGGAAAAAGAUGAGCUUGAUGAGUUGCGCAAAUGGUUGGAGAAGAAGCUGGCCAGCCUCCCGGCGCGGCCAAGGCGUGCGUCCAAGAAACAGCACAUGGACGAGUGCUGUCAACCCGGUUACCUUCGUGGAGACGGGGCGGCCGGUCUUCGUCGAAAGAUCGUAUCCCAUUUCCACUGCAUCUCUUGUGAUCGUCCAUUGGAGCUCGAGGUCCCAAAGACGUACGAACAAAUUUAUGACAUGCUAGUUUGCCUACUUAAAUAUACUCAGUAGGUCGUGUUUUGUUUGCUUUGCAAUUUCACGAGAAACCAUGUAACCUUAUUCCCACCGUUACUGGGAACUUUUACACGGUGGGAAAUUUUUAUGUCAGUCUUCGAUGGUUUACUUAUGUGUAUACUGUGUUUUUUUCGCUAGAGACGUUCCAGCCCUGCCUGAACUGCGGUCCUUCCGCCAGGGCAGGUCACCUCGGCCACUGGCACCGACGGAUUUAGCGAGAGCUCGUAGACGCCGGCACUUGUAAGUCUGUUUGGCAGCUAACCUCUUGAACAAUUGCCCAUAUAACUAGAGAUGCAUGCGGUCGACUUCCACGCGUCAACCAUUAGUACCGAACUAUAAAUUGAUGAUGGAUGUCUCUGAGGCGAAAAGAUGAGUUUUUAAAACGCCACUGUGAGCAAUCCUUUUGUAAUUACCAAACUGUGUCUCGCUCACUUGCAAAGGGAUCUGCGAAGCAGUCCUGCCGAUCCGGUGGCGAUCCAACGACCAUCUCCUUUUAAGUUAACUUUUCGUUUUCUUAACUGCGGUCAGUAUUCUUCGCCUGCGUGAUAGACGGCAUAAUCCCUGCAGUCCACAAGGAUAUUUUUCUAUUGUAUUCACCAUGGCGAAUGCUGUUGUUGACUCACAUAAUGAGAUCGAGGGCGAUUUUCCUGUUUUGGAUAAAAAAGGCUGGUUUUUCGUUAAAAGUUUGUUAUUAAGUUAGGCUCGGCUGUAGCCAUCAUCAUGCAACAGGUCGUCAUUUGUAUUACUUUAUAUCAUGCUUUGCUACUUACUUAUUGUGAGUAGGUUGAAAUAUUCUAAUUAUUAAGAACACAAAUAAACAUGAUUUUCUCCUGACAAAAUGGCCAUUCUGGUCCCCCUUGUCUUUGUCAGUACCAUGUCAUUUACGUCUUCCCCUAGUCAUUGUGCGACUGCCUGAGAGGGUUCUAGUAUUAGUCCCGAGGCAAACUCCAUAACCUGAUCGGUGAACGCCCAUCUGUCAUAGUUUUGUGUAUACCUCUGACUCAGUCUGAUCAUUUACGUUGGCCGACGUUAAACUUGCGUUCGCUCAUAAGAGUUUCGUCUAUCCGUAUAUCCGUACUCGGGCAUCCCAAGGACAUGAUUCGUGGAGCGAAGAAAUGCUCAGCUGGUUUUUUCGCACGCAACUUUCAAGGCAACUGCAGAUUCGGGGAUGUGCUAUCCAUUGUCGCCUGUUAGCGGCUCUGAUAUGUAACGCCGACACGCUGUAAGUGUUUUUGAAUCCGGUGGAGCCUGGCGUAUUUACAUUUAACUUUACUGUCAGAGGUGUAGGUUUACGGAUAGGGUUAGUUUUAGGGUCCCAUUCAAAUUAGAUAAAGGUUAGUUUAGGGUCGAGGUUACGUUUAUGUGGCCUGAAAGACUACCAACCGACGAAUUAACUCGGCCGUCUUCCCAGGACGGGUAAUCAAGGUACAAUGGCUUCUUCUUAACAUGGCCUUUGCGACAGUCUCAUCCGCUUCGAAUUGGAACCGCCUGGCUUGUUUCUGUGAAAUCCCCGCGUGGCACCUGUAGACGGGCUGUUUAAAUUCGUCAUCCUCCGGUCGUUCCUGCGGGUUAGAAUCCGAUCAGUCGAUCUUCAGAUUACGGUACGUGUUGCUGUUAGGCUUCUGAGGUUGGCACUAAGUCCUUCGUAUUUGUGGUGGGAAGGAGUUAGCGGACAAGGUAAGGGUUUGUAGAGGGGGUUGGUAAGGACAUAGACGUGCUAUAUUGGAGUUUCGCCGCCGCCCAGAGGGUUUUAGGGCUGCUGUGUGGGUUCAAUUUCGUUCACGGUUUUUAUGGCUGCGGUUUGGGAUGAGAAUUUAGGAUUAAGGUUAUGGUGAGUGGCAGACUAAACGACAAAGGUAGGGCUGGUGUUCGUCCUGGUGAUUAGGUUAGUGUUAGUUUUAAGUUUAGAUUUUGUUAAAGUAUUAGGGUUAGUUCCGGGAUUAUGGUUGCAAUUAGGGAUUGUGAUUUGAACCAACAGUUUCGGUUACUACCCACGCACUUCGGCGUUGGGUUGGCUUUCGAAAUGCCUUCUUGCAAUAACCUUUACCAGGAAGUGGGUGUUUGGGCAUAUACAGCUGCCAUAGGGGUCGCUUUCAUGACUUUGUAUUGCGUCCGGUUACUGCUUGUCUUUCCGGCAAAACGAGGCUCCCUGUCAGUUUACACGCCAACGGUAUAGAGAAGGACCCCACCCAACUGUCAGUAGACCGUGGAUCGUGUUGUAUGGGGUUUUACCUUGGCAUAAAUUUGCAGGUCGUCGCAGAAAUUACACUGCCAACGACGAUUACUUCCCACGAUCUCAAACCUUAACAAAAACUCGUUAUUUUGUGAAAUUUACUUUUGUUUAUUGUUUACUUACCAUUCUCAUUUCCGUUGUCGUACAAUAGCAUAGGAUAACAUUUUCGGCAUAAAUCCAGGCAAUUUUUGUGCUUGCUUCCAUUUUGUCAGCUUACUGUCUAGCGUGCUGCCCCACCCAUAAAACUCCCUUUAACAUAAACCACGUAUGGCACGAUCCACUGUUUACUGACAACUAGAUGGGGUCCUUCUCUAUAGCGUUGCCGUUUACACUUUGCUGACACACACUUUUUUAAUUGCGCCCUAUUUUUAUGGAUUGAAUUGGGUUAUUUAAGCAAACGUCUGUCAAUUCAUUGUUCCUCCCUAUUUUCCCUCUACACUUCUCUUUUUGCAAUUUUUCCCUUACCCAUGAAAUUCCUCAUUACCACCAUUAAAGGUGACCUCACGUGUUAUUUUGCCAAGCGUUUCCGCACAUUAAAUUUUACCCUUUUCCACUUUUAUCGUCCUCACCGCUUUUCCAGUAAAACCCUGUUAACUUUUCCAUGUCAUAAUAAUCUGUUGCAAAAACAUCCCAUCCUGUGCUUCUAGAAGCGAAUUACGUGCAUUCUACCUUGAUCCCCCCUACGUUGAGUACGUUUAUCUGUUUAGUGUAAAGCUUCGCUUCGCGCACUGCCACUUAUACUUCAUUUCGCCCGCCAUUGGUCAGCUCGCUUUGAAAUUUUUUAUGUGCUGUAUACUACUGCGCCAAUACGGACAGUUUACUGACCUACCACCGUUAGGAAAUUAUAAUUUUGGUGCAGAUGGCACUCAGGAUGCUGCAUUGAAGUAUGUUUACGUUGGAGUAGUGGUGACGUUACCCUUUUUUUCUUUCUAAGCUAAUGCAAAUUUACAAAAAACCACGACUGGCUCCAGGAUUUAGGAGGGCGGGUAGAAAGCGGUUACCUCGCUCCGGAUGCGUGAUGGGAGGGAGGUCGGCGAAGGCGAAGUUGGUGGGGGUGGGAUGAAGGGCAGGCGACACAGCCCCUCAGACAUCGUAGCACGUUGUUUCGUGAUCGAUCCGCGGCCAGCAGUGAUUUCGCGGAGGCUUUUGGCCAUGGAAUCUGCAGGGACGGAGCAGGUGCUUUUCGUCUUUUGAGUGUAUGCAUUGGCUUUCGGUCGGCUUAACACCACUCUGUCAUCAAAUGGGGAGCAAGUUUGGCGUCCAAAGAGUGAGCCAACGCAACAUAUGAAAUGGGUUGGAUAGUGCUCGGGACAUACAAGAAGGAGCUUGUUCACCCGUCUUUUCGAAAAGAUGCUCAAUCAUUUCACCUAUAUAACCUUCUCCGUAGGAACAAGUUACUAAUAGGCGCACAUGGACGACGUUUGAAGAGACAAGUUGACUCUACCUUCUUGGUGAUAGAGUGGAUCAUUUGCGAAAUCACCCCACGUUCGGCCGCAUGGUACGAACGUUGUAUAACGGAAGUCAACGGACGAUGGAGCAGUUCGUUCUUUAAGCGUUCUGAGUACGUGAGUUUGGGGCGAAGCAAACACUCCCAAUUAAGCUGCUCGAUCUCCCUUCCACGUACCUUUGAGUACAUUUGCCAAGGCACCCCUUCUCAGUCAAAGCUAUUCAAGCGUGUUUCGAGAACAUAUCCAUCGGGCCAUGUUACUUAGGCAACAAACCAGACCUCUGUUAGUUCAAUGUACCAUUGACUGUUAACCUCCCUAUCUCACCCUUCUGCCUAAGACUAGUAUCCACACCGUAGCACAGCAUGACUCAAGAAAUCGCCGUUUCGAAUGGAUGCUACAUUCACAAGACAAGCCAAACGCAGGUGUCAGUCCAUCGAUUUAUCGAAUUUCCCCUGCUGAUAGGGCCAUGUGACUUUCUGGGGUCACCUGUUGGACGAAUCUCUGGCUCCGAUUGGCUGGCACAGUUUGUCCAUGAUCCGUACUUCCAAUAACUGCAUCAUAUCCCUCUGUACAGAACAGACAUCUAAGCAUGCUUCCUGCACCUCCUCAAAGAGACCAGACACUAAGAUUGGGGGAAUGAGGGAGGGUAGUGUGUACCCGUUGGGUUGGAGGAUAGUCCAACGUCCCGCCUUCAUAGUUUACGCUGACAUUGUAGCUACUUAUUUUUAUAGGGUAGGUCGGAUUAUUGUACUAAUUUUCGCGAACCUGCCAUUGAGGUAUGUACGGUAGUUUAUAAUACAUUGAUUACGAUUGAGACUCCGCUUAUGAGACUUCCAGAUCAGCCAGAAGAAGUAUAAAUAGAGGGCAGGACGACCGGUAGACCCCCUCAUACCGUGGUAUUUCUCUGGAACACACCUUUUCCAAUUCACGGCGAUGCUUGCAUCCAUCCGUGUUCUUUUCAUUGUCAUGGAUUAUUGAUUUUUUGGUUUUUCCAGUCUUGGAAUAUCCUACUACGAUGCCUACCGUUCUCCCAGGCAAUGCGGUGGACAGCACACAACAACGAGUCCUGAAUCUCGUUUGCGAAGAGCUCAGAUGGCUCUUGGGUGAGUUAGGCCGCCUCUUUUUUCUCUACCACCCUAGAUCCCGCAGAUGAUAGACGUUAGUAUUGGUGGCCUAGUGAGUUCAUACAGUUUAAGGGUCCGGGAAAAAAAGUGCUAACAUAUAUUACUUAUGUAAGAUUAGCUAAUCCAGCUAUUUCUGGCUAACAAGCCAGAAAUGGCCAUUCUAUUUCACAAUCCACCUUUCCUCUAAAUCGUAGGGGCCGUAAUCUUUUCGCCUCCCCUCCCCCUCGUUCAGAAACCUAUCAUGACUCCAUGGCAAUCCCUCAGUAUGUCCUAUAGCACCAACUCAUCUGGGGUAAUAAUCUGGUUUUCUCUUUUGUUUUCUUUGCGUAUGGCUACGGGUUGGUGUCAUUAUCUCGAAAAUCCAGGAGUACAGUUCCACUUUUCCGAAGAACCUCCUCCUUUUUUCAGUAUAUCGGCUUGGAAUGCAUACCACCCCCGAUCUACAAAUAUGUAUAUAUAGAUAUAUGUGUGUGUGUGUGGGAAAAGGGAAGCCUCUUCGGAAAGUAGCGUUGUACUCGAGGAUGUUUAAGUGGUUGACACCAACCAGUCGUCAGACGGAAUGAACGGAGGGGAAAAUGAGAUUGUCAGACAAGAUCAAUAGACGCGACAGGACAGAUAGUGACAGACAUAAAACUGGUGUGUGAAAGUGGUAGACACAUAAUAACGAUGGGCUUUGAGACAGGUCGUCGAUGAGUCCCGGCCCUAACCUGCAUCGACAGCUGCUAAUCCAGCCGUAUGCGGUCCCACUGGAUCACUAAUCUCCCUCCCCUCCAGCACGGGGUGCCGUAACAGUUCUCCCCUUUUCGGUCUCAAAACCUACUGUAAUUAUGUGUCCACCCCCUUCACACCCCGGUCUUGCGUCUGUCGUUGUCUCUCCUGUCACACCAACCGAUCCAGUCCGACAGGCUCAGUUUCGUCUGACGACGGGUUGGUGUCACCAGUUUGAAAAUACACGAGUACAACUCCACUUUUCCGAAGAGCCUUCUCUUUUCAUUAGAUCACUUCGGGAUGAAUACUACGUUAGUUAUUCAGUGUACAUAUAUAUAUAUAUAUAUGGAUAUAGGCGAAAAUGCCUAUAUAUAUUCACUCAGGAAUGGGCGCACACCGAUCCAUUGGCUUCCCGAAGCAAACAAGCUUUGUAUGGGCGAUAGGGGUCACGAACAGGCAACCACCUACCAGGCCGAAGUCGGCCAGGCUACGAUAGCAGAGCGGAUACGACAGAGUCUGGGGGGUAGAUUGAUACAGCACUGUUUCGGGCUUGUUUGCCUUCAUUCAGCCAACCAUAACCCUAACCACCAGCUGGGACCGGAAUCACAAACAUGCGCACAGACGCACCUAGCGCAGCUGGUCCACCACUGAGGUCUACCAGAUGGGUCAUAAGCACUUCAUCGAACCGAAGUUCAUCAGUGCCUCGCCACCUGCCAUUCUCUGUCGCUGCAGAUCGGGUAUUUAUUCACUCGGUGAACUGAACUGAUGAACUUCGGUUCGAUGAAGUGCUUAUGGCCCAUCUGGUAGACCCCAGUGGUGGACCAGCUGCGCCAGGUGCGUCUGUGCGCAUGUUUGUGAUUCCGGUCCCAGCUGGUGGUCAGGGUUAUGAUUGGCUGAUUGAAGGCAAACAAGCCCGAAACAGUGCUGUAUCAAUCUAUCCCCCAGACGCUGUCGUAUCCGCUCUGAUAAAUAAAUAAAUAUAUAUAUAUAUAGGCAAAAUGGUAUUACCGACAAAGACAAGGGAGACUGGAAUGGCCAUUUCUGGCUUAUUAACCGUCGUCAGCCACCUCGAGAGACAGCCCUUAAGGCACAACGUAACGAGUGAGUUCCGUAUGAACGAUCGGUGAUCUCCCCUACCACUGUCUAUUUCCGAUCGAAAACCGACAGGACAACGGGCUCCUGGCCCCGUGGGUAGAGGCGUGGACUUCUAAACCAACAGAUCGCGAUUUCGAGGCCCGGGUGUUCCACACUCCGGGCUUGGGUAUGGCUGGCUGACGACGGCUAAUAAGCCAGAAAUGGCCAUUCCAGUCUCCCUUGUCUUUGUCGGUAAUAUCAUUUUGCCAAUAUAUCAUGCGUCGCUGCGCGGCUGCUGGCUGGGCUCGAGAGAGAGCCCUUAAGGCACAACGGAACGAGUGAGUUCCGUAUUCACGAUCGGUGAGCGCCCUCUAACAUUAUAUAUAUAUAUAAUGGCCAUUCCAGUCUCGCUUGUCUUUGUCGGUAAUAUCAUUCUGCCUAUAUAUAUAUAUAUAUAGGCAGAAUAGUAUUACCGACAAAGGCAAGGGGGAGCGCCCCUACCACUAUAUAUAUAUAUAUAUAUAUAUAUAUAUAUAUGAGAAGAUAAGGCGAUCGCAGGAACCAUCGGUAUAUUUGCCUGACGUUUCGAAAGCAAACAAGCUUCCAUCAUCGGAGGUGGUUUGCGUACUGCACGUCACAGUAUUUAUGGGUUUUUGUUCUUCGUGCUGGCGUGUCACUGACUGCCAGCGCGCUGCAUCUCAAGGCUUGGCGAUUUGUUGUCAUGGCGGCAACGGUUCCUCCUCAUUCUUUGUCGGGUGUGAGAAGGGGAGCGGCAUCAGGGCGACCGCGGCCAUUGCUCUUGUUCGCAUUGUCCGUUGUCUGCCCUCCGCGCAUCUCGCCUUCCUGCCCUGUUCGCACACGACAGCGACAGGCACCCCCAGCCCGACGUCAACACUAGCAUGGUAACCACCGUCCACACGGGUACGGGCGUGUGCGAACAGGGCAGGAAGGCGAGAUGCGCGGAGGGCAGACAACGGACAAUGCGAACAAGAGCAAUGGCCGCGGUCGCCCUGAUGCCGCUCCCCUUCUCACACCCGACAAAGAAUGAGGAGGAACCGUUGCCGCCAUGACAACAAAUCGCCAAGCCUUGAGAUGCAGCGCGCUGGCAGUCAGUGACACGCCAGCACGAAGAACAAAAACCCAUAAAUACUGUGACGUGCAGUACGCAAACCACCUCCGAUGAUGGAAGCUUGUUUGCUUUCGAAACGUCAGGCAAAUAUACCGAUGGUUCCUGCGAUCGCCUUAUUUUCUCAGUUAUAUCCGGGAACGCGCAUUUUUCCUUCAAUAUAUAUAUAUACAUAUAUACAUAUAUAUACAUAUAUAUAUGCAGAAUAACAUUACCGACAAAGACAAGGGAGACUGGAAUGGCCAUUUCUGGCUUAUUAGCCGUCGUCAGCCAGCCAUACCCAAGCCCGAAGUGUGGACCACCCGAGCCUCGAACUCGCGACCUGUUGGUUUAGAAGUCAACGCCUCUACUCACCGGGCCACGAGCCCGUUGCCUUGUCGGUUUUCGAUCGCUGUGCGGCUGCUGGUUGGGCUCGAGAGAGAGCUCUUAAGGCACAACGGAACGAGUGAGUUCCGUAUGAACGAUCGGUCAGCGCCCCCUACCACUAUAUAUAUAUAUAUAUAUCAGAUGAGGAAAGGACGACCGUGAAUGAGGGUUGGGUUUUAAAUUUAUUCCGUCUUUAUUCAGGCAAUCAUAACCCUGACCAGCAGCCUGGACCAGAAACAAAUAUGCGCACGGACGCAUCUGGCGCAGUUGGUCCACCACUGGGGUCAACCCGGUGGGACAUAAACACUUAAUCGAGCCGAAGUCCAUCAGUGCCUCGCCAUCUGCCAUUCUCUGUCGCUACAGAUCGAGUAUUUAUUCAAUCAGGAAUGGGCGCACACCGAUCUACUGGCUUCACGAAGCAAACAAGCUCCGUAUGGGUGGCAAAGCUCACAAACAGACAACCAACUACCAGGCCGAGGUCGGUUAAGUUACAGUAAUGGGGAAUGACAACUGCUGAGGAAAUGAUGAACUUCGGUUCGAUGAAAUGCUUAUGACGCAUCUGCUAGAACCCGUCUGUGUACCAGCUGCGCAUUGUACUAGGGCGUGUUUGUGUUUCCUCUCCCAACUGCUGCGAAUGGAGGUUCGCUGGAAGUUUGCCCCUGCACUGCUCGACAAAAUUAAAUGUGUUUUAGUGGAUUUCCUGAAUGGAACAACAACAUUUUGCGGUAUCGGUCUGCCUGACCGAAGUUAGAUCACUUGAAAGAAGCGGCCUCGACUUUUUGCACAUUCUGUUCACCAUGUAAUCAACUUCGCAUAGUGUCCACUUUCUUAAUCUUUCGUCUAGGAUGGCAUACGAUGAAGAUGAACUGGAUGAACUUCCUGGGUAAGUGCCAGAUUCACAACCGCCCCAGAAUGAGAUAAAACUACUUUACUUAGUCUGUGGCUGUUUCUAAGAAGUUAGCGGCUCCUACAUUUUCGGGGUCGGGGCAUGGUACUAAUUAAAGUAUCUUGCCAAUUUUUCGUCUGUAUUUAGUUACAGACGCCUUGCAUUUCCCGAAAUGUCACCAGUUAGGUCGUUAGUCAUCCUCCCUCUUCGCGAAAGUGUGACGCUGCCCCACCUCGGAUCUAUCGCAACUGCACCCUCCAGGCGUGCAUAUUUGUCGAUAUUGCCCGACUCCCGGCAGUUCGACUAUCACGAAUGAUGAUGUCCACCGUGUGCUCCAGAACUAGGCUGGGCGUUGAGACGAUAACUUGCGUGUUACUUCAUUUAUAGUGAUAAUAUACCGCAUCUGGCAACACCCGUUCUCUGAGCGUCCGGUGCGACGACUUUUUGACUUCUUUCCCACAAACUAAUAAGCCCUAAAACGUUCUUCUAUUCGUGGUUUGCUCACAGUUGCGCUGGCUGUUCCUUCGUUAUUUGUUCAUACGACCAGUUUCUCUUGUUUUAACGCGCUUACCUCUCUCGCCUUCGCGAGCAGAACAAAGAUAGUGAAGAGGGUGGAACAUGAAAUUGUGGACCACCCCGGGACAACAGGCAGCCUCGAACCAAAUUGCAGGGUUUAUUUAGUCCUGUGUCCUAACUAACCUCAACAGUAACCGUAACACUUGAAUUUGGGUCAAGGAUACCUUAUUGGGGAUGCCCACAUUUGCAAAAGUCAGCAGUCUCACGUGCUCGCGUCCACUUGCGUGCUGCAAGCCUGCUUCUGCCAGCGUCUCGCCAUUGGUUGCGGCCAUAGCACUCCCCUAGAACGUGAUUGGUUCAUGUCCGCAAGAAGCUGUUCGGCCCUUCUAGGCCUUUCCUCUUGAAGCCGAUUGGACAGAAUACUAACCAGUCUGAACGGGACGCUAGAAAUACGCGCAGCUUUGCAGUGGGCGCGACUUGCAGGUUUCAGUAUAUUUUCUCGUGGCCGGUUAUGCCUUGCUUCUCUGUUACACGCUUACGGCUCGUGUUAUUCCUGAGUACCAGGUCGGUCAUAAUGCACCUGUAAUACGUAUUGCCCAAUCUGGAAGGGCCUUCAGUAGUUCCCCAAAUUUCACACAGUUCCACACUGGUAUUUUACUGAACCGCUUUUUCGAACUUUUCCACAAUUCUUUGCAUUGUUUUCUUGGUGAGACUGACUUACUUGGCUCCCAAAACCAGACAUUAGAACAGGGAUCUCCUGCAAUACCGGCGGUUUUGGGCCAACUUUCUGUGAAAUUCGAGCUAGGCCUAAGGUUAGGGUUAGGUUAAGGAUAAGGUUUAAGGCUUGACCUUAAGUUAACAGUUAGGUAAGCCCGGAUAAAGUCUAGGAUUACGGUAGGGGCCAGUGUUAACUGCAAAGUUGGUGUUUAGAGUCAAGACUAGGGCAGCGGUCCAGUUUCAGUUUAUUAAGAGAAAUAUAGGCGAGCGCCUUUGAACUCCCUAUUGGUUACAAGUCCUCGAAGAACAGCAUUGAUAAGUGGGAAGGUGGAAAAGCGAUUUUGUACAUAAUCGUGGACAGCUGACAGCCAGUCGGAAAAGAAUAAUCAUUAACGGUUACUUACUAAUUACAAGUAGUAUAAACACGUAAAACUGGGUGCCGAUUUAUGUGAGUGGAUGCGAGGACGGUAAUUGAGGAGCUAGAUACGUGUCAAGUCUACACUUAAAGGAAUUCCCACAGGAGGAUAUUGCAACAUUGGUAGGCAGCCACUCUGUUACGGAAAAAGAACUUUCGUCCAUUGAUCCUUGCUUUCCCUGCGCGUAGUUUCAGGGGAUGACCGCGCAAAGUGGGCGUGUUAGCUUGAGUGAAAUAAUUAGUGGGAUCCAAACCACAGUCUAGGCCAUUGAUAAUGCGAAAUGUUGGUAUAGGGUCACCACGUAAUUGUCUGUCGGAAAUGGGAAACAGGUUGGGAUUUAACAGUUAUUUUAUAUUAGGGGUAUUGUAAAAGUAAGGACAAGGGAGUAUUUCAUCCUUACCGGAAUUGUGCGCAGGUCUGCCUUUAUUACUUAGGUAGGCGUUCCUAGUUCCAUGUCCUGUUUAGGGGACCAUAUACGUCAGUCCCAUCGUUUUUCCCGUGAAGAUAGCAUUUCCGAAAACGCAGACUCGGCGCGUGUCUGUCAAUAAAAAACAAAAGGUCCUUCCUCUCUCUCACGGCAUGUUUAGAGUCGCUGCGGUCGAAAAUGGAGCGUCGUCGCAGGAGCGGCCGCCUAAGUUGUCCAUCACUCUCCCGCCACUUGAUGGAAUGCGUCCUCGGUCUGCUGGUGGUGCUACACACACAGUGUCAACUGGACGACAAACGCAGAGGGUGAGUCAGUGACGCCUUGGAAACAGCUCUAUAUCAGUUGUCGCUGCCGGAGAAAUCCGGAAGUGGUUAUUGGUAAAUCAGACAUGGCUCCACUGAGCCUAAGCCUAUGAGGGAUUUCAGAGUGUGGGCACUUCAAGAUACGCAGCAGUAUAAAGGCACAUUCCUAGAGCCAGUAAAUCGUAUUUCCCUUGCUAGGGGACGCAACAAAUCGCCUUGGAGGUCACACCUUCUGGGGGACGCUUAUAGUCUAUGCACGGUUCAGUUCUCUCUGCGCUGAGGGGCAUAUGUGCAUUCCCUCUAAUGUAUGGAUUUGCGGAUACUACUUAGUUACUUUAGAGUUGAUAAAAAUCCCACUGAAAAAUUCAAAAGGCAAUUUGUCGAGCUUUCGUCUGCUUUCGAUAAAUUCUCUUCAGGCCUGUAUCUGCCGAUUGAGGUAAUGAAUUAAAGGAUAUGGGCAAGUAGAUAAUUAUACUGUAGCUCGGAUUUGUGGGGGGGAGAGGGAGAUUGAAACACCACAAUUCAAGUCGGCGUCAAGGAGAAGGCAGGUCCCGGCGAAGGUAAUUACAUGCGGGUGGCUGGCUUGGUGGCUUUGAACCAUAGCAACUGUGGGGCUUGUAUGAAUUUCUUCUGUGUGCAUAGGACGGGUCCGUGUAGCCUGAUUGCAGCCGCCUCUGCCGUAGCCAACAGGCGCUGUCCAAGUAGUUUUGAAUGACUUGACUGGACAUUGUAAAUCACUAUGAAGGCCUCUCUGGCGUUUACACGGUGGUCUCUGUCUACCGUGUGCGCGAGGGUCGAGCUGUUGAUGUUCUCCAUUUGAUCCUUUCCCAACCAUACUGGAAGAUGUUCUUUUAUUCUUCUGGAUUGACGCCGGCUCGUGCGAUCAAUAUAUUCUGCCCCAGAGGAGCAAGUGAAUGAGUAAAUACACGUAGAGGUGGUCUGAACUGGUAGUUUGUCCUUGCCAUCUCCGUAUACGACGGGACUGGUGGAGAACAGUACACGGGUGUCAGCCGCUGGAAGGAUCUGUGAUACAGCCUGAGUAAGGCGUCUUCUUAAAAGUUCACUUGGUGCAUCUCCUUGAAAUGGGACCCUGAUAAAGAGCAUUUUCAUUCCUGCCUUCGGUAUCAGGGAGCUUUUGUGGUCUUUCGACCAUGAUCUUAAAAAUGAAUCGAUCAGGAUACCCGUUCUGACUUGACAUAAUUGAACUAGGAGAGGCACCAAUAAAGACGGCAGAUACGAGAGGCGGUUAUUUUCGACAUGCCAGCCAUCGUCAGCCGGCCAUACCUCCCUACAGGUCUGUCGCUGACGCUGAUGGCCAGUCGGUAUCGUAUAAUUAGUGUUCAUCGAUCACGUUGCAGGUCAGACUCGUCGACUUACACGUUAGGGCUCGAACUAAACAGACGAAAGGUGGUACAGGGUUGUAAUGCCAACAAAGACAAGGGGUCUGCGACGUUCUUUCAGGCUUGUUACUGAUCGUCCGCCAGCCACGCGCAACCCCAGACUUUGACUGCCUGAAUUUCGACCCGGGUACUCUGGUCAGAGGGCGUUGUUAAGUCCAGCGUUCUGGACCACGGGCCCGUUGCCCUGAUAGUUGCGAACAAGUAAUACUCUGAUGCAUCAUCAUUUCAGUGGCUCCCAGUGAGACAUUGUGACCAAUCGGACGCCACAGCAUACUAUACUCCCCGGCUGCUUAUUACGACGGGUUGAAGACCAUCUAGGGCUACCAUCUCAGGGGCUUUUACUAAACGCAUGCUGUGACGAUUAAAUGAAUUAUUCUGGUUCACUCGCAGUCACUGCUCAUCACAGCGGUUAAACUACCGUCCAAGGUUUGUGGUCAGAUUUUGGAAGAUUCGGGCGAUAGAGGACGAAUCGUACACUAUAACAUUGGACUUCUAAGUCCUACCCGCAGAAUACUCGCCUCACAACUGUCCCCAGCACGCGAAGGAUAGAAAACGGCGGGACCUGUAGGCUGCCUAUUAAACUAUUUAAACAAAGUUAGUAGUAGACACUCAAUAAUAUAUUACGGAAGGUGCAUAUAAACCUAUGUAACUAACCUCCCAAUGUGUGCCUACAUUUGUUAUUGACGUUAAAGUGCCGUUUUGACAAACCUAACCCCUUGCCUGAUGGCGGACUACUGGCGAAUGGCGGGAUAAAAGUGUCAAGACGAUAUAAGGGACUACUUACAAUAGACAUACUAACUCAUGAAAUAUUAACCGAAAUUACAAUUAGGUUUAUAAUUCUAAAAGAUCGCUUGGGUAGUUUUGUAUUAUUCAUUAUCAUGACAUAAUAGAUUAAAAUAUUCCAGUCAUGCCAAAAUACUGGUUUUUGAACGAGCUGCUUAUCGACCGCCUGCACAAGAUGCAUUCCUCAAAAAUGACUACUUAAGAAGCAUGGAGUUUUCCGCUGCUUUUUGAUACUACCAUAAAUUCAAGUACAUUUUGCAGAAAACAUGCUCAAAGAUAGUUAUAAGUUCAUCCGUUUGGUAGCAAAUUCCGUCUUCUUUAGAUUUCAUGCUUAAAGAAGAAGUAGCAUUCAGUUUUUUUUUUUAAAUUUUCAAGCCGUUACACUUGCUUUCAUGGUUUACAUACUACAAUCUAUACACUUCCCAAUGUGGAGAAAAUUCCAUAUUUCUGUACUUUAUUAAGAAGAGGUCAUAUAGAACUCAUAAAAUUGUGUGAUGGAUGUCAACCAUGUCGCCCACUUUAUAAGCAGAAUUAAAAGUAUGCCGAUGCGAUGAUGCAAGAUUCCACAGUUCGCGUUCUUGAAAAAUCUCAUAAGUGAAAACUUAAACUGAAGGUUACUAUUUCUUCAAGCAUACACUUUGAAGAAGACGUAAGUUGCCACAAAAUAAGUGAAAAAAGAGUAUUUUUGUGCAUGUUUUCUAUAAAAUAUACUCGAAUGUUAAAGGGCAUCGGAGAUCAACGGGAAAAGUCAUGCUACUUAAAUAGUCAUUUUUCCCAACAUGUAGUUUACGCAGGCGUCGAUAAGAAGCCUCUUCUAAGACUGUAUCCUGAAGUGCUAGAAAUGGCUUUGCGUUAUGUGACAUGGUAAUUAAUAUGACAGCCCUACUUAAGGAAUCUUUGAAUUAAAUCGCAUUUCAUAAAUUCGGUUAAUAUUUCGUGAGAUAGCACAUCUACUGUAUUUUUAUAAGUAGAGGUUAUUGUGGUCUCUAUAUCAGGUUUCCUCUAUCUGUUUUCUCCCUUCGUGCGGACAUAGAAUUCAGUCGACAGGAAAACCAAGGGCUUACGAUAUACGGCCAUGACGAAAGAAAGCGAUCUCCUGGCUUUCCCUAUCGGUCCUGAGCCCAGUGUUGUCCUCGAGAGAGAUGGAUCCCCGACGACCACGGCAGAUGAUCAGAACGAACGAGAGACACAGAAGUCCGGGGAGGUCGGAGUUAGAUUGGCGGUUACGCCGCCAUCCAGUGCUGUUCCCAUAAUCCGAUACUCGUCAGGUGGUAAGCUUAUGUCCAGAAAAGUCUUCUUCUUCUAUUCUUUUUAGUUGAACAUCUAUCACCUCUACCUCUCCUCUGAUCUACCGAAUAAUUUAAAUUUUUUGAGUCGUGAACGGGUCUCAUUCCGCGAAGUGUUUUAUCACAGUAUCAAGAUCUAUAGGUAUCAAAUUUCACCCCUAAAUCGGGUCAUGAGACAGAUGCGAUGGACCAACAGAGGGGCUAGGUCAGGGUCCGGCAGGCGCUGGAAGGUUGCCAACUAACGGGUUACUCGAUUCCUCGCCGAACUGAGAGUCAGGUUCAGUCCCUUCUUCGAGGCGUGGCCUCUUUGCCAAAUGUACAAACGUGAUACCCGGGCUUCCAUUGUCUCGGUAAGAGGCUGGUGCAUUAUGCGGGUAUCAGGUCUUCUGUGGCACGCAUAGACGGGCCGGUUAGUUCUGUUAGCCACUGUGCCCGCACCCGCCUCCGGUCGUCUUGAAAUUGUUUUGCCAUCGAAGCAUGGUGUGUAAGUGAGAAGAAGGUGAGGUAGAUGCUACGCAAGCCUGCCUCACCAUAAUCUAAAUAGCCUUGGGACACGUUUGUUACAUCGCGUAGUGUUUAAAGGUUGCGAAUUCCAACUCGGUUGUUAAGGCGAUGGAGUUGAAUAAAGAGCCCUUGCUAAACAAGGUUAUGCGCAUGGGGCUGAAUAAUAGAAAUUAUUUAAAAGCGAGGCGAGUAUUAUGGGUUUAUAAAUGCAACAAAAACGAUCGGCAGUCUGGAAUAAUGGCUGUGGUGAAGACGUUGUCAGGAAGCGUGGAUCCUGCACAAAACCGUGUUGGUACUCAGAGUCCUCUACGCGCGACCGAUUUUGGGCUUUCGCUUGCAUCUGUCCGCCGGGGUGAUGUGGACUUAAACAAAGAAAAAAUCAUGCGGUAGUCAGUGAGAGUCUGCUGGUUAGUUGAUUGGAUGAUGACGAUAAUUUUGUUCACAUUUGAUUGGUUAUGCUAGAGGCUGCAUUUCCGCGUGGUCCAGCCGCAGGCAUAUGAUUCCUAGCGCGACGUAUUUGCUUGACGUCGGAAUUCUCCAUGUGGUUGAGGCGCUAAAAACCAUCGGUGCUGGAAGAGCAGGUGAGAAAGUGCAGUGUUUUUUCUCGCGAAGGGAUGGCCGGAACCGAAGAAAUUAUAGGUGGGAACGCAAAGAUGGUGAACCGCAUUUGGUCAUUCUGGCAAGGAGGAAGUGGGCUGCAGAUGAAACGCGUUGUGAUGUUAAAACCUGUUAGCGAGCUAUCGAAAACGUGUAUUUUGACUAGGACCUUUCACUGAACUUGAAAGAUUGUGUGGCUCUCGAGACUUAUAGUGUUUCAAACCUAUGUCUUUGUCAAAAAUAGUCAUCAAGAAGACUUGAACCACUAUAAACAGUGAAAGGUAUGAGUGUGAGCACCCGCCAUUGCGUCAAAAGUAUUAGUCAGCGAUUGGGAUCAGAUGCCAAACCCUCUAAUUUUAUGGAGAUGUAAAACCCUUCACUAUACCGAUAGAACAAUUGCUCAGCAAAAGCCCAUACACGUGUUUCGGCGACUAUGAGCUGUCGUAUGAUGCGGCUGUGGGGUAAUCGGCUCAUCAGUGGGUUCCCCAUCGUAUCUCAUGUGGUUUCCGGUGUUCACUGUAGUUUUUAGCAUUAAGCUUUUUGAUUCCUCUAAAAGUAAUGCUUGAACUUGAGGUAAAUGCUUCGGGACAAGCCUUUGAAUUAUGUCGUGUCAUCAAAUGAUUGUAUGUUACUGACUGCCUGUUAGCAGCUUCAGAAUAUUGUCCGGCCAUUCUGCUAAGACCGGCGGACUUUAGUCCAAAUAUUCCCCUAAACCUUUGGACCGAGCCUGAAAUGUUUUUUCCAAAGCAUUUGCCCCAAGUCCCACGAAAACCAAAAAAGGUUAACAUUGUCAGGCUGUACAAGAGAAUGCCUACUUGUAAAAUGCAGGUUGUUGAGUAUUGCACAUUUCUACCCUAAACUAGAAGUUUGCGAAAUUAAGUGUUCAUGUGAAAGUGUGAACCACGGUUAACUAGUCAAAUCCUAAUUACAGUUUUGUGAAUAUUUUAGCCACUUCUAUACCCUGUAAUUCUACGUCACAAGCUGUUUCCAUGGCAACGAUUAUUUAUUAUUAUCAGACUUCAAAAGGCCUUUGGUUUUCGUCAACACAGAAUCUGGUUUUUUAUUUCUGGCAAAAAAUACUUGAGUGGAACAAACGUUUGAGAAAACAAGUGAACUAGUUCGCAGCAGUGGCAAUCCAUGAACUUGCAGGUGACCAUGGACUAAGAAUUACUUUCAUUAUCAAGGAAAUCGUCACCUCCAUGCGACAUUAUUUUGCACUCAGAGCACUCUGCUGAGAACACCUGGCUGAUUGCUUUUGGUAGUUUUCUCACGUUCAGCAAUGUGUGAUCCUUGAAGAAGGAGAGACAAUCGCUGGGACAAGAUCUUUAUUAGCCUGACGUUUCGGAUUACUGCUCGAACCAAUCAUCAGAGACAAAGGCAGAUACGGAUGGUAUUUACUUUUGUCUCUGAUGAUCGGUACGAGCAGGAAUCCUAACCGUCAGGCUAAUAAAGCUUUUGUCCAAGCGAUUGUCUCUCCUUCUUCAAGAAUGCUUCCUGGGACUCGUCUCUUCGCUUCUAUUGGCAAUGUGUGAUCGAUUUUCUCGUGUACCAGCUCGAUGUUAGCGUUCUCGCAAAUUGGAAGUCGAGAGGACAGGUCUUAUGGUGUGUGAGUGAAUAACUUCUUGAUAUAGAACGCAGAUAUGCAGAGCAAUGACUAGCCAGGACGAGCAUUCGCCUCCAGUUUUGUGAUUUCUUUCCAGUAUCGAACUUAAGCAGGUUAUCACACAAUGGUACGUAGUCAGUAAUAUAGAAGGCUUGCCGACAGGGACUAUAGAAACUGAAAUCCCCACUUCUGACUCGCUUAGCGGACCUAGGUUGAAAUCUCUAGUAAUGGCAGUCAACAGUUGGUUGUUGCUAGGUGACGGCGACUAAUAAGUCAGAAAUGACCAUGCCAGUCUCCCCUCAUCUUUGUUAGUAUUCGUUGUGGUGAAGCAAUUAUCCUUUUCAUGUUUCGGUUUCCAACUUUUUGAUAUUCUUUCGCUAUUUGUGACAAGUAGGAAUUUCAAAGAUGCAACACCUACUUUCUCUCAAACAAACUGAAUUGAACGUAACCUUUUUGCAAAAUCUAGCUCUGACAGCCCGCAUGAUUGGUCGAUCCUAGAGCUCGCUGGCCAUGGCGAUCUUGGGAUACUUUAGGCGCGCGUGCAGGCAAAGUUUUGCUGGGUCUUGUGGCAGUGGCUGCCGAGAAUUUUAGAUUUGCGUGGGAACAUACUGCCUCAUGUUUGAGAGCUCUGAGUCUGCAUUGAAACGCAGACCUGCUCAGAAAAACUACAUAGUUAAAGUUACCAAAAUGUUUAUAGAUCGCGAAAUCGAGUAGUUUGAUUUUGUUGUCCUUUGACAGGUUUAACCAACUUAACAAUUUUGCUCCGUUUAAAAAGGAGGGCUUAGGAUUUAAUCCUAGGCUAUCGAUAGAUUUCGCGCGAUGGCAAUGGGUUCUUUAAUGUCAAAUUUAAAACUUUUCGAUCAUAAACUUCUCCGAUAAGUCAUCCCUGGUGUUCAUUCCCCAUUAUCAUACACUUUUAGAUCUUUCCCACGCGGAGGAGGUAAAAGUGACCGAUAUGGAAGCUGUCCCGGUAGAAAACGAGCAUGAGGGCUCCGUUAAAUCUGAUCACAUGUCAGAUGAUCCACCACCUGAACCUGUAGAUGUAGAAGACCCGUGA